AUGUACAGUCUUAAUCCAGAUGAAAGACCAGUGAAAAGACGCAGACUACAAGAGCCAAAAACAAGAACUGAAUCUUUAGCCAAAAGGACCAUGGCACGUCAUUUGAAUUUUUUGAUCACACCCGAUGCGCCUCUUAUAUUUACAAGUGAAGUCGAAGCAAGAUAUUACUUGAAGUUACAAGAUCUGUCUGAACAAGCGAAAAUAUGUCACAGCAAUUAUAUCACACACAAGUGUGGGCCAGAUUUGAUAGGACCCACAUGGCAGAAAUACUGUGAAGAGUGGGAUAGAUGCAGUACCUUUCGACCGCAGUUUUUCGGAAAGACAAGGAUCAUUGCGCAAGUAUUUGGUGAAUUAAUGAACGCUUUCAUAGAACCACUCAGCUAUAAAGCUAUGUUGGUCAUUUUCACGUUACUGUUUGGCAUUUUUAUUAUUGUUGGCUUAGCAUAA